AUGGCUGCUGUGACCCAACAGGCGUCUCUCUCGGCGUCCGCGCCGAGGCUCGCGGUCUCUCGCGCCCAGCUCGGAGCACCCAACCGGCUGGCCUCUUCGGCCUCGCCGAUGCUCAGCCCAUGGUGGCGAAGCCUCUCGCAAUCCCUCACCGCUACAGCAGCCCCCAAGUUCCACGCUGCCAGCCGCCUGAGCGUCCGCGCGAAGGCCGCGGAGGCGGAGGAGGCUGUCGCGGAGGCCGGCGCUGAGGCGGUGGAGGAGGCCCCCGCCAAGGCCAAGCCCCCGCACAUGAAGCACCUCAUGAAUGUGUUGACGCAGGAAGUAGCGCAGACUCUUCGGAAGGAGCGCAACAUCCCAGACUUCAGGCCUGGCGAUGUCCUCGCUCUUCGCGUGGAAGUGCCUGAGAACAAGAGGCGUGUGUCGCUGGUGCGAGGCAUUGUGAUCUCGAGGCGCAAUGGUGGCAUCAACACCACCUUCCGCAUUCGCAGGAUGAUGGCUGGCGUCGGCGUCGAGAUGGUCUUCCCCCUGUACUCUCCCAACAUCAAAGAGAUCAAGGUUGUCGACAGGAAAAAGGCACGGCGGGCUAAGCUUUUCUACCUGCGUGACAAGCUUGCUCGCCUUUCCACAUUUAACUAG